CGGGCGGUUGAUGUAAAAGUGUUUCGGUCAGUGAGUGAGCUUUAGUGCGAAGGUAGAUCGCUAGGAGCUGUAGUGACCUUGGGUCUGCUUGCUGAGGGCAGGACAGAAUUCCUGAAGGGACACAUGGUCCGGAGUGACAAGGCCAUCUGCUGUAGCGCCAGCAGUAGCAGGAAGGUGGAGGGGAGGGGGGGGUUUGACUCGGUGGGUGUUGAGAAUUCCUUUCGCUGGGGCGUGGAGAGAGAAGAUAUUCUGGGAUAUCACUGCUAGCACUCGGUCUGGAAACCUUUUUUUCUUUGGCAUUUUUCAAGAGCAAAACUGACGGGAGAAUUUUCCGAAACACUUUGAUGGUGCGACGGGAUCGUUGCAGGUUUGAAUGGGGAUGGUGUUUUUUCCGGCCCUGUCGCUCUCCUAGAAGCGACUGGUGAUAAUGGUCUUGGUGUGUUGCCGUUCUAUUUUGGCGGAUUCAGUUUCCUCCCCAUCUCAGCACAGCCGGAGCUGAAGGAGCAGGCUCUGGUAGGCCGCCUGGCAGCGACCCCGUGGAGGAUCAUCGUGAGGGGAUUUUCUUGGGAGUUGUUCUGUGCAUGGCAGGGAUCUACUUUCUUGCCGCCUCACCCAAAUUGCAUGGCCUAAACGAAUGAAUAUUUUUAUGAGGCGCCUUGCACCAGAGAUGGGCCAGGACCAAACCAAGCAGCAGAUAGAGAAGGGCCUGAGGUUGUAUCAGUCCAAUCAGACGGACAAAGCCCUGCAUGUCUGGACUAAAGUGCUGGAGAAGACCUCAGAUCCUGGAGGGAAGUUCCGGGUGUUAGGGUGCCUGAUUACGGCUCACUCGGAAAUGGGAAAAUAUAAAGAUAUGCUCAAGUACGCUCUCGAUCAAAUCGACACGGCCAGAGAAAUGGAGGACCCAGACUACCUCACAGAAGGCUACCUGAACUUGGCGCGCAGCAACGAGAAGCUGUGCGACUUCCAGAAAACGGUGUCCUACUGUAAGACCUGCUUGAACAUGCAGGGCACCACCGUCAGCCUGCAGCUCAACGGCCAGGUGUGUCUCAGCAUGGGCAACGCCUUCCUGGGCCUCAGUGUCUUCCAGAAGGCUUUGGAGAGCUACGAGAAGGCCCUGCGCUACGCACACAACAACGACGACAAGAUGCUGGAGUGCAGAGUCUGCUGCAGUCUGGGAAACAUUUACGUCCACCUCAAGGACUAUGAGAAAGCGCUGUUCUUCCCGUGUAAAGCAGCUGAGCUUGUCAAUGACUACGGGAAGGGUUGGAGCCUCAAGUAUCGAGCCAUGAGCCAGUACCACAUGUCCGUCGCCUACAGGAAACUAGAGCGCCUGCCGGACGCCAUGGAGUGCUGCGAGGAAUCGAUGAAGAUUGCUCUGCAGCACAGUGACCGUCCUCUGCAGGCUCUGUGCUUACUGAACUUUGCAGACAUACACCGCUGCAGGCGUGACGCUGAUAAAGCAUUCCCUCGCUACGAGUCUGCACUGGGUAUCAUGACCGAGAUUGGAAACCGUCUCGGACAGUCACAUGUCUACCUGGGAGUUGCAAAGUGUUGGCUUCUGCAGAAAGAAUUUGACAAGGCUCUAGAUUCUUUACAGCGAGCGCAGGAGUUGGCAGAUGGGAUGGGAAACAAGCUGUCUACGCUGAAGGUGCACUGCCUGAGCGAAGGGAUUUAUCGUACCCGGGGGCAACAUGAGGAGCUCAGGGAGCAGGUGGUGAAGUUCCUGCAGUGUGUGGAGGAGCUGGAGCUCUACUGCGGCAUGUGCGGAGAGUCCAUCGGGGACAGGGACCAAAAGCUGCAGGCCUUACCCUGUUCCCACAUCUUCCAUCUCAAGUGUCUGCAGAUAAACGGCACCAAGGGUUGUCCUAAAUGUUUCAAGUCCUCGAUGAAGCCUGGAUUUGUGUGAUUGUGAGCCGGCGUUUGUGCGUCGGAUGUGCAGACAAAGCGCGAAGCCUGGCGGGCUCCUGGUGUGGGAGGAGCAGGCGGCCUCGGGACGUGCUGAGUGGGGUUUGAGGAGUAACGAUUCGCUGCUCUGUGGAGAGGAUGCUGCACUGAACCCAGUGUUCUCAGAGCGCGGCUCUGGGGGCCCGAUCAAGGCUUAUUAACGGCGUCGGCCUGUGAUGUCGGCUGAUGGUGGAGGUACAACCGGCUGGUUUCAGGAAGCAAGAACCUACGUCGUCUCUGAUGACUCUUUAUGUUGCAGGAUUUAAUUCUAGUGGAAAAAGGACGGCCCAAAGAGCGUUUAUAACUUGGAUUUGCUUAGUUAUGCAUUGAUGAUCUUCAGUGAUCUCAGUCACCGGGUUGGUUGUUCCACUUCUGAUAAUAUCUUUGACACAACAUCCACUUUUUCAUUUGAAAAAAAUAUUUAUCAGAGUACAGAGCCAUUUCUGAAUUUAACUGAUUUCAUACACGCUAUAUUUAUAAUUGUACAUACCAAUGUUUUUUUGUUUUUAAAGGUUUUUAUUUAUUUAAGGUUGUUAUUUAAAACCUACAAAUUAGCUAAAAUCUCUUAACCAUUCAGAAUUGAGCAUGUCUUCACAGGUUCAUGCAGCCGUCGCUUUCCCUUAUUCAUCGAGAUUGAGGAGCAAGAACAACACACAUUGUGUUCCUAGAAAUUCCUUUUCUGUCCAUGUUUAAAACUGACGGCAGAAUAAUAUUGUCGCAAUUUAAGGACGCAUUUUGUUUGAGAAGGAAACCUGUCGGGGAAAGAUCUUCUUUGACCAAUCACACACCCGUCAGAUAACCAUGUAGAAAAUAUACAUUUUAAUGUGGUGCUUUAAAUUUACAGUUGAAUGUAAAUAUAUAACAAGUGGUCAAAUGUAUUGAGAUUAUUUACUUGCAGAGUCAUUGUAAUCUUAAGGGGGUUUUGAGGGAGAAAGUCAAAAAGGAGUAAUCCCAUCAGACAAUGUUGCAUGUUUUCUUUAUAAUGCAAGAAAGGAUUUCAUCAAACUAUGAAUCCUUGUAGCUGCAUUUACUUAUUUCGGAAUUGUUUAUUAUAGAAUUAGUUAAUUUUUAGAGGCUUUUACCAUUCAUAUUCCUUAUAUAUUUGUUCAAUAUACUGUUCCAUAUAUUGGAGUAAUGUGAUUUGGGGGGUAAAGCUGGUCAAUUAUUAUAGCAAUGGCUUUAUAGAGUUUUUUUAUAAAGUAGGCUUUCCCUACAAACCGUAAACUCCCCCUUAAAUGUAUCUUUAGUGAGUGUAGUUGAUAAAAUGUCUCUUUUAAAACAUAGAUGUGGCACACGGAUAACUUAAUUUGAGUGGUACAAAAACAUUUAUUUCAACCAUUACUAUUAUCCCAUUUUGAAACAUUAAACAAAGAAAAACUGUUUUCAUCCUACUUAAGGAAUAUAACCAAUAUUUUAGAUUUGAAACAUUUUUAGCAUUUAGUUUUCUCUCUCUUGCAAGAAGGUGACAGCAUUAGAAGAGAGAAACCAACACAUGUAACCCUAUCCAAAGCGACUUUCAAUACCAAGUGCAUUUCAACCACAAGGAUACUAAUCCAGAAGAACAAGAAAGUGCAAUUUUAUGAAAUAAGCUGAUUUACAACUUCCAAGCGGGAGAGUGGAGUAGUGUGAGAGAAUUUAGGAGGUUUAAGACCACUCAAGCUGCUGCAUUCUGAAUGAGCUGCAGAGGUCGAAUGGCGGCAGCAGGGAUUUACUAUUACUGGCUAACCUCAGUUUCUCACGCAUCACUAACGGCACCGGAUCGUUUCACAAGCUGUGCAUCCAAAAUAAUGUUGAUUCACUCUCCGUUAACCUGUAGCACAGUCAAUGUAAAACGUGUAAAGCAACGUUUUGUUCUUAGUUCUGGGGUAAAAAUAAGAUUACACUGUCACUCAACGAUUUAAACUACCUCUGUUUUGCCUCUAAGCGUUCCCCUUCUUAGAGGAAUAAAUGCAGUAAUGACAUUUAAAUACCUGAGGUGGAUUUAUUAUGUUUUUCUAGACGUGUUGAUAAAACCGGAGUUAAAGAAUUUAGAGGCUGACUAGAAUGCAUUGUUAAUAUAUUUAUGCAUUGAGUCAAACCUUGUUACUGUGUCAAAUAUGGAAACAUUUCAUAAUGGAAAAUAAACUGCACUGAAAGUAAAUAUGUCUAUUCUGUGAUCUUGGUGCUGUGGACUAUUGUUUGAGAAAAGUGAGUGUGUAGGAAUAUAUACAUAUAUAUACACAUGUAUAUACAUACAGCGGGUGAAAUAAGUAUUGAACAAUGUUGGCAAUGAGACCUUUUUGUAGGCCAUCAGU